CAGCACAAAUAUACGGUUUCACCGCUGGCUUUAUAAUUUUCUGAUGAUCUUCGUUGCCAUUUUUAGCCAUGUCUUUUUGUUUCUGAAUAGGCCUAUAAAGACAACUUUGAUGAAAAUUGCUCACUGUCCCAAUCCUCCCGCCCCCAAAAAAUAAGAUAUUCUGAUGAGAUGGAUUAUUGCCAAUACCCUUUUCUUUGUCUUGAUAUUCUAACCUGUAAAAGUAGAUGCUUCUUUAUACCAAUCUAUUGCUGUCAUUUUUGACCCUAGUAACAGCAACUGUAACAAAUGUGGGAAACAGACGGAUAGUCGCUUUGGGCGAUUUGCAUGGCGAUUUACCAAACACACUAGAAAUCUUAAAGUUUGCAAAACUCAUUGAUAAGGAACACCAUUGGAUUGGUGGCGACGCUAUUUUUGUUCAGACUGGCGACGUUGUAGAUAGAGGACCAGAUACUAUUAAGCUUUACCGACUCUUGCAAGACCUCCGAGAAGAAGCUCCCUACCAAGGCGGCCUUGUUAUUCCGUUACUCGGUAACCAUGAGAUUAUGAACCUCAUUGGUGAUUGGCGCUAUGUUCGCGAGAGCGAUGUCGCAACAUUUGGUAGUGUCGAAGCUCGACGAAAAGCGUUUGCAGCCGAUGGAUUUAUCGGCGAAUACCUAAUCACACUCAACAUGACUGCCAAAGUAGGAUCCACUGUGUUCUGUCAUGGAGGUAUUACACCCUAUUACAGCGAAUUCGGCCUUGACUGGAUUAACGACCGAACGCAUGAGAGUAUUGUGACUUAUAUGGAGUCGAGAGGACGUCACGGUAACGAGGAUGGAAUUUACAGUGGAUCAGGUCCAACUUGGUACAGAGGUUAUGCAUUGGAUGAUGAACAAGAAGCAUGUGAUUUGAUAGACGAUGCUUUAGACUUUCUUCAAGCAAACCGUAUGGUAAUGGGCCAUACUGUUCAACGAGAUGGAAUUAUUCGCACAAGAUGUGGAGGAAAAAUUGUAUUGAUUGACGUUGGAAUUUCAAAAGCGUAUGGAGGCUAUCGGGGAGCGUUGGAAAUUCAAGGAAACGAUGUAUAUGCAUUAUAUCCGAACCGUAAAGUAAAGUUACCCUCACCAGCGCCUUUUAUUACUUCAUCGUCAGAUCAAAAAUUAGAAGCCAUUCCUAUAGAUACCACUAUAAAAGAACCGAUCAGACAUGACGAAUUGUAAAUAUAAAUCAAGCAACAACUAUUUCUAAGUCGUCGAAGUUCUACUUAGUUAUGGCUCGGUUAUGAAACUUACUUCAAAAACGUAAUAUUAAAUUGUAUAUUCUAAAGACAAAUGAAUGUAAAUACUGUCAUAUAUUGAGCAUGUGUCAUCAUCAAACAAAUAAUAUAAGCAUUU